AUGGUAGACCAAACCAUGGACCACUUCAGCAAGGCGGUGACGUGUUGCAACGCCCUGGGGCUAGACGUGUAUGCGCGGUUCACGCAUUCCCGGCCUCUGGAGAACCUCUUCUUCUCGCCCUUCGCCCUGACGGUUGGACUGUCCAUGACCCUGGCGGGUGCCCGCGACUCGACCGCUGAGGAGAUCAUGGACCUGAUGCAUAUGAACAGGGGGCUCUUCGAGACCCAGAAAGAGAUCGUCGACCUCGUUCAGUUCCUGCGCACGGACGAGGUGGACAUGUCCGUGGCCACGGGUGCCUUCGUGCGGCUGGGCUUCCGUCCCACCGACGACUACUGGGCCACCGUGAGGCGCGUGUACGGCGGCGCCGUGCACGAGGUGGAUUUCGUCGAGAACUCGGAGGUGGUGCGCCGCAACAUCAACACCUGGGUCAGGGACCAGACCAACAACCAGAUCAAGGAGAUGCUGAGCCCCGGCUCGGUGACGUCGGCGACCCGGCUGUGCAUGGUGAACGGCAUCCGGUUCCGCGCCGUGUGGACGGACCCGUUCUUCCCAACCGAGAUUCGGCGUCACGAGUUUCUCAGCAGCGAGGACGAACCGGCCGACGUGGACGUGGAGAUGAUGUCGCAUAUCGGGGAGUACGCCUACCUCGUUGACCGUGACAUGUCCUUCACCGCCGUAGAGGUGCCCCACAAGGGCGGCAAGACGUCACUGGUGAUCGUGAUGCCGCACCAGCGCCACGACUUCCGGGAACUGGAGAAGCGCGAGGAGCUGGACAAGCUGCUGGGACUCGCGGCACGGAUGGUGAAAACGCCCGACGUGGAGCUCUGCCUGCCCAGGCUCAAGCUGGACAUGAACAUACAGAUGGACUCCAUGCUCUACUACAUGGGGCUCAGCGACCUAUUCACCGAGACUGCCAACUUAGGCGGCAUGUUCGGCACGGGCCAGAAGAUGCACGUCACUGAAUGGGUGCACCACGCCGUGGCCGAGAUGACCAACGACGCGGCCGGCAGUCCCGGAGACGUGUCCCCCGCCUGCGAGCCGGACUCCUCGUGCGGGACGCCGCUGGACACGCCGUCCGACGAGCCCGGUGGCUCCCCGGGCCGAAGGAGCUCGGUGUCCAUCAACAUCGUGCCCAGCUACCACUUCAUUCCGUCCAGGGAGUCGAUCAGCACCAUGCCGCCGCCGGCCAAAGGCUGCCUCAGGAAGGGCGGCAAGAGCACCAAAAGGGUCCGCAGGUAA